AUGGACAUAAAAAAUGAAGGUUAUAAUAUUGUAAAUAAUUUAAUGAAUUAUUUGAAGAUAGGUCAAAAAAAUGAUGAGAAUAAAUGUCCAAAUUAUAAUAUUGAAGAAAAUGGUGAUGCAAAAAUUGUAAAGACAAGAACAUUAAAUUUUAUAAUAUCUUCGGCUGUUGUUUUAUGUGUAUUACAUCCACUGGACACAAUAAGGACACGUAAACAAAUAUAUCGAGUUUAUAAAAAUUCAUAUCCAUAUUAUUAUAAUAACAAAUAUAGUUUAUUGUAUAUACUGAAAAAAGAAAAAUUCGAAAGCAUAUAUCGUGGAUUGCUAGCAAGUUUAAUUACUACCGGAGUAUCUCAAGGUACCUUUCGAUUUAUUUAUGACACCUUAAAUUAUUAUAUAAUUCAAAAUUUUAAUAAUAAUAAUAAUAUUAAUGAUAACAAUAAAAUAACGAAUGAAAUAAAUAAUAUAGGAAAUGAAAAAUAUAUUAUAUACAAUAAUAUUAAUCAAAAUAAUAAUAAUAAUAAUAAUAAUAAAAAUGAAAAUAAUAUAAAUAUGAAUUAUUAUAUUCUAACCAGUAGUAUAAGCUCAAUUAUAAGUGUUCUUUUCCUUCAUCCCAUAUGGCUUAUUAAAACCAAGAUAGAAUGUACAAUAAAUUUAAAUUAUAAAUUUAUAAAUUAUAAAAGUAGAAUAUUAAGUAAACAUUAUAAAAUCUUUUCUCCAAGAAAUAAAAUAUUUAAUUAUAAAAUGAUAUAUAAUAUAAUAUCCCUAUUUAUUAUAAAUCCAAAAAAUAAAAUACAUGGUAACUAUAAAAAAGUAAGAUAUAUUAAUAAUAAUUUGAUGAAGACAUAUAAAAAUAAUUUUAUAUAUAACAAACAUAUUAAAUCAGUUUAUAAAUAUAAUCAUCUUUCUUACAUAAAAACGAAUCAUAUGUGUUCAAAUAAAACUUUACAAAAAAAAAUGAUACAUAAUUAUACAUUAUAUAAAUAUUAUGCAUUGUCUAAUUUUGAAAGAAAACAUUUAACAAAGAAAUGUUUAUCAACAUUUCGAAAAAAAUUUCGUAAUAAACAUAUUUUAUAUUCAAAAAGACCUUUAUCAGGAAAUGAAAUAUUACAUAUAUUCAAAAGAGAAGAAAAUAAAAAUAAUGUAAGUGCUGUUUAUAAAUAUAAGAAUUAUUUUCAUUUUGUUUAUAGUAUAUAUAAAAAAGAAAAGCUGUUUUCUUUUUAUAAAGGAUUUUUAGCAUCUUUAUUAUUAACACCACAUGUAGCAUUACAAUUUUAUACAUAUGAAUAUUUGACACAUUUUUUUAGUUCACAAUAUAUAAAUAAUAUCUUACAAAAUAAAAAUAUACAUUUUUCAUCAGAUGUCUUAAAUAAAUUCUUACCUUUUCUAUAUGGAGCCUUAUCCAAAUAUAUUGCAAUCAUUUUUACGUAUCCAUUAUAUACCAUUAAAAUGAGACAACAAGUUCAAAUGAAAAAUUAUGGUUUUUAUAAAGUGUUACUUAAUAUCUUUAAAUGUGAAGGUAUCCGAUCAUAUUAUACUGGUAUUAAUAUGCACUUAUUAAGAAAUUGUUUACAAAAUGGUAUACUCUUUUUUAUAUUUGAAUAUUUGAAUAAUGCAAAAAUUUGA